CCCUAGUGAAAACAGCUGAUGUUGUGUACUUUUACUAAUUCUUUUGGAUACCAGAGAAUGACGAAUAUACAACGAUUUUAAAUGUCUAAUAUGAGUGAGAAAGAAGCCGCAGCCAUCAUGUCGCCAUCCAUGGAGCAAACACAAUCCCUGCCACUUCCCCAAAUCCCGAUAACCACCUCAGUGAGCUGCUGCUUCGUCCUGGCUGUGCUAUACGUGGGAAGCCUUUACAUUUGGAGCACCAAACACAACCGGGAUCACCCCUCGACGAUCAAACGAAGAUUCGCCAGCGUCUCAGUGGUUAUGUUAAUUGCCCCGAUAUUCGUUUACUUCUUUUCAUCGCCGGAGCUGCUUCACCGGGAGCCAUUUGCCAAACUUCUAGGCUUCCGGAUCGAAGGACUGUGGCAGGCCACACUGAUACCCUAUGCCCUCACGGUGCUACUUUUCCUCGGGCCAAUUUUCGUAAACAUGCAGAACGAGUCCAUACGGUCCUACUUUGAUUUGGACUACUGGCGUGGAUCCCUUAACAGCAUAAUAUGGGUACGCAAUCAUAUAAUGGCACCACUAACCGAGGAGUUUGUGUUUCGGGCGUGCAUGAUGCCUUUAAUCCUGCAGAGCUUUUCACCUGUGGCGGCAGUUUUCAUAACCCCCCUAUUUUUUGGCGUGGCUCAUCUGCAUCACAUUGCCGAGCGUCUGAGUCUGGGAGUGGAAUUGAGCACAGCACUGCUCAUCGGAUUGUUCCAGUUUAUUUAUACUACAUUGUUUGGAUUCUAUUCCGCAUUUUUGUUUGCCCGUACUGGCCAUGUGGUGGCUCCGUUUUUAGUCCACGCUUUUUGUAACCACAUGGGUCUGCCGGAUCUUCAGGAUUUGUGGCAGCAGGACCUGUGGCGUCGAGUAAUAGCCAUUGUAUUGUAUAUAGUUGGGUUUGUGGGUUGGAUAUUCUUGUUGCCCUUGGCAACUGAUCCAACCAUAUACCGCAACACUCUAUAUUGGAAUGUAUAGACCGCAGCGGAUGCGUCGUAGCUAAAUUAUUUUUUGUUAAUCUACCGUUGCCAUAUAACUUGUUUUAUGGACGUAUAUUUGUUUUCAUAAAUUCAUCAUGCCUAGUUAUUAAUAGCAUAUCAAAAUAUAAUGACUGGAAACCAUAAAUAGAUGUAUGGAUACUGCAGAA